AUGUCGAACAGAAGAAAUCGACAUGCGUACGACAACAGCAACAGGGCCUUUCUGCAGGUCAUGAUGGCCCGCUCGAGCAUAACAUUUGAAGAAUCAAAACCCAUUCUUGCUGCUAUUAUGUCCGUUCGCGAAGACCGACGCAUCUCCCCAGACGACAUCACAGAAGAAAUCCUCUCCACCUUCAUCGGCGCCGCCAACAGCGCAAUCUCCCCCUUCGACCUCGAAAUCCGAAGCACCCUCCCUCAACUACAAUUAAAACCCGACGAGACAGGCAAUGUCACCCCGGAACGCGUCUACGCCCUCGUCAACACAACCAGUGACGACCUCACCCAGCUCGCGACGACAUACUCCGCAGACGAAAUAUCCUUCAUCAAGCGCAUCCUCGACAAGAUGUUCGAGACGAACAACAACAGAAUAACGGAGGCCAUGGCAGUCAGCUCUAUUGACGCGAUGCAGUGUGCAAAAGUACCCUCGGACGGAAAUCGGCGGGAGUCGGGAUCUGCGACGCAGCAGACGCAAGGCGGCGCUGCACACUCGCUUACCAUGACGCAGGCGGAGGCUGUGAUGAAGCAGCUCGUUGAUGAUGAGUGGUUUGAUAAAAGUCCUAGAGGGUUCUAUACGCUCAGUCCGCGCGGUUUGAUGGAGCUGCGAGGAUGGCUCGUUGCGACGUACAAUGACGAGGGCGAGAAUGGGCGGAGGAACAACAAGAUCAAGUUUUGUGCCGCGUGCAAGGAUAUCCUUACUAUCGUGAGUUGA